AUGGCAACUCAAUCGUAUGCCCAGCAUCCCCAAGACUCCGGAAACCAUUCCCGAGUUCAGAAAUUCUCACCACUAGAACAUUCUCUACACCGCGAAAAGUCGACAUCGCCAACCUCAUCCCACGGGGCGCCUCAUGAUCACACAGAAGCGAGUGACUUGGAGGUCACUCCACCAACCUCAUCUUCAGGCCUCUCAAGUCAAGAAACACCCAAUUUUCUUGGCCAGAACUGCUCGUUGCCCGCCUCAGAGGGCGCGGGCGUGAAUACGCUCCCAGCAGCGACCUCCAAAUCGACAACGCAGAGUCCAAAUAGUGCCGAAAAUGUCUUCGGGUCAAUCGCAGCACCAAAGAGGACGAGCAGCGGGCAAAUCAAGAUAUCGAAUAAUGCAGGUGGUGAUGGAGCCGGGAACAACCAUGGCAGCAGCUCGAGACAUUCACCAACCCCGAGCUUGCCCUCGAAUGGAAGUAGUGUUACAGAGCUAUCACGAGAACUGCGGACUCGCCUAUCUUAUGCGAUGGUAAAGGUCAAGAAUGGCUGGGAGGCUAACAAUUUAGAGGAGAUUGAAGGCCACACCUCACAGCACGCUUCUCCCAGAACUCCCUCAGCCACAACUACAGCCGCUUGCUCUGCGCAAACUGUGAGGUCCCCCCAGCCAGCGAUUACUCCUAUUUUACGCCGCCAGGGGAGUAGCAGUGUCUCUUGCGAGAGUAUUGUAACAGCCGGCGGAAGUUCUCAGUGGGAUAAUGGAGCACAAGGAAUCGCCAGUCAGUGGCACCGCCAGCCGAUAUCGUUCCUGGUGCUCGACGAAGACCAUAUCACGCCAAUCAGCCUCCCGAUGGGUAUAGCGCAGCGCACUGCAAGCCAGAAUGCUGCAAUGGAGGCCGAUGCCGUGGAGACUCUUCUCUUCAUGGCAAGUCCCGGUAAUCCCUCACACCAUCCCUCGACCUCGCUAGGCAUCAUGUCGUCUACCCGUACAUCCCCUCCCACAUCUUCACAAACAUCUCCAUUUGGAUCAGGAUUCCCAACCCCGGAUCUCCUGGCCUCGCCCCAAAGACGUGUCGCAUUUAUGGACCCUACCAGGACAGCACAGAGAACCAUUGGUAUAACAUGCAGAUCUGAUGAAAUCGAUCGCAUGAUUGACGAGAUGGAGGAUGUCAGCGACAAUGGUGGCGCUGAGUACAUAAGCAACACUGCAUACAGCACAUCGGCUAGAAGGUGA